AACCUUUUUCUACCGCCACCAGAAAGUCGAUAAAAUGCUUCUUUGUUUUGAACGCUCUGACAAACACCACUCAUACACACACACAUACAGACACGCACAUACACACAUAAACACACCCGCGCGCCUUGCUCUCCUCCUCCUUCGGCAGCCUGGUGUUUGUGCGUCUUCUCGCAUCUAUGCGUUAUUUCGCGGUAAUGUUUCGUUACGCGGACGCAGGCUGGUAGCAUCUUGGGAGCUCUUCUCAACAGGAACCUGCUCUGGAGAAGAUAAACCAGGAUGGUAACACACUGUUGGUAACCAGCUUCAGAUCCACAAAGGCCGCUUUAACCUCACGCUCCUCUCCCAAACAUCGACCACCCCUCCUCCGCCAUGUCUAACUUAAACAAUGCACUUUGCAUUGAAAAUGGACAGAACGCAGACAUUUCCCUCUUACAAAAGGAUAAUAUGGAUGGUGGAUUAAGCCAGCUUUUGGAUUAUAACGCAGAAAUGGAAAGGUACAGGUCUUUUGCAAACUUUUAUAAAACCAAUGGGGCAUUUCCACAGACUGCUAAGAUUGCCCGCAUCACAACGCCCAUUUUUCCCAGUGCCAGAAUUGGCAUGUCCCCGUGGAACUGCGAUAACGCCAUGCUCUGGGGAAGGAAAUCAGCGGCAAUAAACCCUAAUAGGACCAGCAUGCAUAGAAAUGACUCCCAGAGGCCGGGGAAGCCUGGCGUGCCGCCAGAGACGCUGCAAAUGGCAAAUAAUAAUUUCCUCUCUACCUUAUCCCCCGAACACUGCAGACCUUUAGCAGGAGAAUGCAUGAACAAGCUGAAAUGCGGCGCUGCUGAAGCAGAGAUAAUGAAUCUCCCAGAACGCGUUGGAACUUUUUCCGCUAUCCCGGCUUUAGGGGGCAUCUCAUUACCUCCCGGGGUCAUCGUCAUGACAGCCCUUCACUCCCCCGCAGCCUCAGCAGCCGUUACAGACAGUGCGUUUCAAAUUGCCAAUCUGGCAGACUGCCCACAGAAUAAUUCCUCGGUAUCCAGUGGAAACCCGGCGAAGAAGAAAAGGAAAAGGUGUGGGGUCUGUGCACCCUGCAGGCGGCUAAUCAACUGUGGUGUCUGCAGCAGUUGUCGGAACCGCAAAACGGGCCACCAGAUCUGCAAAUUUAGGAAAUGCGAGGAGCUGAAGAAGAAGCCGGGCUCAUCGCUGGAGGACUGGAGGCAGUGGCAGGUGGAUGAGUCGAUGAGCGGUCUGUCCGUGAUGUUGGCCUUGGAGAGAGGACGCCAGUCAAUAAUGGCGAAGCUUUUCGAUGGUUCUUUUAGAGAGACGAGCCAUGGCCGCCUCAUCCAGCAGCAGCAGCAGCAGCAGCAGGAGGGCAGGUGGGACUCUUGACUCUCUGCUAAAGCAGCUCUCGAUGGGUUCACAGAAUCCAGUGGGCCCAAAAUGUUUGUGGAGGACGAGGGAAGAAAAGUGGAUGGACAAAAGGAGAAAUGAAAACAUAAUGGUGUUGUUUUAACUCUGUAAUUUCCUUUUCUGUGUAAUUAUUGUACCUUUUGACAGUAUCAUAAUGUAUAUUUUUGGUGUCUAUGAAUGUGUUUUCAGUGUUGUGGCUGUACGUUUACAGCCGAUCCUAUGUAAAGGACUCCAACAGACAAUCAUACCAAUCUCACUGAAUUUGACAAACAGAAGAGGCCACAAGGAUUGAUGACAUUAUGAACACACACUUUACUCUGGAGCAAUAACCUAUUGUGUUGAUUAUUCUUCAUCCUUUCUGUUUACUCUAUAAUUACUUUAUCAUACUGAACCAUUUUCUGUUUUUUUUUAUUUUAUAUGAAUACUUUGUUUUCGAAAUGCCCGUCUAACAAUUAGACCAGAGCUGAAGUAGAAGAGGAGGAUGACGGCCAUGUUUCUGUGACAGACAUGAUGACACGUUUCCUUGAUUGAGUGGACUCACAGCAUAACAGGGCACAUUGUCUUGUGUGGUGAGUCGCACUGCUUUUAAAAACCAAACUGGGUGUCAUUUCAUUGUGACAGCAGCAGAGGUUUAUGAGUCAGAUCUCUGUCUGGAGGUCAUAUUCAAGUUUGUGUUUUCACCGAACUACUUCGACAUCAACAUUUCAGAUCUGUUCUUUUUUUCUUUUAGUUUCAAUUUCUAAAGGUUGUAACUGUCUAAAAGGUAGAGAGUAAUGCCAGUAAAGGAAUUGUAUGUUAUGUUGAAAACAGUCAAAUUAUGAACUAAUUACAGUACACUAAACUAUUUGACAUAUCAGAUGUUGUCCUGGCGCAGACGGAUGGUCUGGACUUGAACAACAGCACUGUCCUCUAAAAACAAACACAUUCCAAAACAAAAUUAUUCAAUAAGUUACUCAUUGUCUUAAACCCUAUUGUUGCAUGUGUAAAUGUGUUUUGGUUUUAAAGAUUACCAAGAAUUUGUAUAUUGUUGUUGUGAUGCUUUUAUGUGUUAAAUAAAAAAAAAUGACUUCAGUUUAA